AUGUCUUCAUUCAAGUAUACCCUGGAGGCAGUCACAGCACCAGGAUCGAAUCAGAUCCCCGGUGCGGUUGUGAUUGCGGCCGACCGCUCUGGUGACAUCAUCGAUUUGCAGGCCGUUGGUGUCACAUCAGUAGACCCUAUCAACAGGAGGCCCAUGACCGAGGACACGACAUUCUGGAUUGCCUCAUGCACUAAGCUCAUCACCACAGUCGCCGCACUACAAUGCGUCGAAAGAGGACAGCUGGCACUCGACGAGGAUGUCUCGACUAUUUUGCACGAGUUGAACAGUCCAGACGUUCUCGUCGGCUUCGAUGCGCAAAGUGGAGAGCCAACAUUGAGAAAGUCUCAAGAACGCAUUACGCUAAGACAGCUGUUGACACAUUCGUCUGGUAACAUGAAUGAUUUGCUCUCGCCCGAAAUCAAAAAGUGGCGACCAUGGCAGAAGCCUGCACUAAAUGAUGACGAUGGGGAGAUUGUUAAACGAUUUCUAACGCCACUUCUCUUUGAGCCUGGGCAUGGCUGGGUGUAUGGAGGGGGACUGGACUGGGCAGGUAGGAUGGUCGAACGUGUGAAUGGAGGCAUUAGGCUCGGCGAUUAUUUCAAGAAGCAUAUAUUUGAACCUCUCGGUAUGAGAUCGACAGGCUUCCGUCCUUCAGAGAACGAAAGUAUUCGCGAAAGCCUCAGUGCAACCACCGUACGGACCCCUACAGGAGAGUUGGUAGGGGCAACCCCAUUUCCGCCAGCAAAUCCCAAGGAUGAUCUAGGCGGUGGAGGUUUAUAUACUGCACCAAAAGACUACAUCAAAGUCUUGAUCGCGCUAUUGCAGAACAAAGGUACCCUGUUGAAACCGGAAACGGUAGACAUGAUGUUUGCGCCUCAAUUACCCGAUUCGAAAUACUUGGAAGCCGUUGUGAACCCCGAGAGAGGCGUUAUGUAUCGUUCAGGAGUCGACAGUCGACAGUGGAAUUUCGGGUUGGGGGGGAUUUUAAACAUGGAAGAUGUUGAAGGAGUCUGUAAAAAGGGUACGAUGACUUGGGGAGGCUUGCCGAAUCUCUUCUGGUGGAUUGAUCGCACUGCCGGGACCUGUGGCAUGUAUGCCUCUCAAUUGCUUCCACCAAGCGACGCUACAUCGAUGCAAAUUGCUCUUGAAUUCCGCAAGAGCAUCGCAAGGAGAUCAUAG